AUGAUGCGUUCCAGAUCGGUUUUACGCAGUGCACCACAGCCACCUGAAUGCCUAUCAAAAAAAAUAUGUUUCAUUCUGAAUAACCUCACCGAAAAGAACUUAAAAAGCCAGACCAAUGAGCUACUGUCACAGCUGCCAUUUCACUUCUACCGCUGGUUAGCCGAAUUUGUUAUCAACCGGGUCGCCACGGAGUCGAACCUGGUUGAUAUGUACACCGAAUUCGUUUUCCUUGCAUCAAACCGUCAUAAUCAUUUUCGUUCACUUAUUCUUGAUUUGUUAACUCGAGAGAUUGACUAUUUGUUGCGACCUGGCCAAUUGAACCCAAGCAACGGUCGGUCACUGAAAAGCUUCGGAGCCUUUCUUGGUCGCCUCACAUUAGCCAAGGGAAUCAAACUUGGAGUGGAUAUUAAGUCUCUUAUCUAUGUGGCAUACAAGAACCGACCUGAAUCGUUAGACUAUAUCGUUCCCUUUAUCUGUGAACUGCUGAAGAACACUAAGGACAGUUGUCCCAACAAGCAUCUGGACCCAUGGGUACGUGAAAUUCUCGAGGUGGCUAAGGAAUUGCACCAUAUCACCGACAAACUACCCAUUCAGUUCGAGGUGGAACUUCUAUUCAGCUUCUUGCAGCGUGAUAUGAAUGAAACUAACACCGCCUUCUACCUAAGAAAAAUGAAAUGA